AUGGCGAGAAGCACCUACAGUACUGUCCUCGAUAGCCUUUCUAAGGCGGAGAAAGGCUCUGCACUGUAUCAAGCCUGUAUAGCCGUUGGAUCCGCUUAUAUGGUUAACAUCAUCCGGUCUCCCAAAACGACCGUGGAUCGAGCCAAAGCCUACGGGAAUGCGCUUACCGUCAUCUAUUCAGCCAUAAUGGAUCCCCAACAAUGCAAAACUGACGACACAUUAUUAGCCGUUUGGCUGUUGGGCCUUUACGAGCUCUUGUUAGGCGUACAAAAUGGUGCUGACCCUGUCGCGACUCCUGGGUGGCAUUCCCAUAACCAGGCACUGACAGAGUUGAUUCGCCUGCGAGGCUCAGAGCAGUUUACUACUCGAAGUGGGCGGAAUCUGUUUGCCGUUAUCUUUAAUAAUGUGGAAACUAGAGCACUCAUGUCCGGUCAGGAAUGUAAAGAGGCACUGGCAUGGAUUCUUCAGUUCCAUAAAUAUUGCGAGCCUUCGGAAUAUCCAGUACUUCGGGCGUGUAUUUUCUCGCACCACUGCGCUCGCAUCUGCGGCCACAUUCGUGCCCUAGUCGAUGCAGGGGACCUUGAAGAGGUGCUGUCCAGCUCUCCAUCGAUCCUCCAAGACGUGGAUGAAGUGGAGCGAGCAACUCACCCUUUGUCCCAUGAGGAGGUGAUAACGGACUACGUGGUAGAACCCCCAAUGACACCGUACACUCCUCCGAAGCACGCGUAUCCGAGCUACGUCGGUGUCCACGUCCUCCAAAGCAACUUCCGCAUGCGUCUCUCAUAUGCCGUCUUUGGAUUCCUGGACAAUGCGUGCAGAGCACCGAGUUGUACACCUCAGCAGAAAAUGGUUUUUUCACGGUAUCGGCGUCGCUGUAUCGAAGAGAUUCAGGCUCUUUCGGACAAAGUCUCACGUAUCUCGGCUGUUUUACCUGAUAUUCAGUCUUGCGAACCCGUGAAUCAAGGAAAAGACGCAACGGAUGGACUUGGUCACAAUGAGCCUCAGGUCGGAGAGUCACCAGAUGCAAUAAAAGCCCGGUCGAAAGAGCCACACGAACGGUCCACUCGAGCAGUUGAGGUCUGUCUAGAUUUUCAACGACCAGUUGAUGGGAAAUUCACUCUGCUAUUCAAUCACACAAACUCCGGAAUGUCGGUUGUCCGGUUCAGAUUUGGGGAUGAGACACGGGCACGCUAG